ACACAUUACUAAUCGAACGCGUCUCUGAACACGUCCCGCAUUGGUUGGACCGUUAGAGUAUUUGCGAGUAUUGGACUCGCACUCUGUUGACGUCUUGCGCUCCUCGGUACUCGGUACUUCUAAAUACGCUUAAUACGUGUAUAAGUCCCUGCUCCGUACUCGUACGCCAUACGUCUUCCAACAAACCUAGUGUUAAGACCUGCUCCAGUAUAUACGCCUCACCUCUAGCAAAAAUAAUACUACUCUAUGAAAAAUUGAAAAUAGUCAUUUUCAUGCUUGAAUGAAUAUAUUUAUUAAUAAUUUAAUUUGAAAUUCUAGAUUCAAAUUUCAGAUAUUUCUAAUACUUUGUCUCGUGCUGCCAAAUAAUAUUAACUAUCUCGUGAUAAGUAGGUUAUAUUUGAACUAAAAAAAUCAAGAAAAUCUAAGUUCAAUAGAUAAUUGAACUAUGGAGAAAAACAUUAUAACUGCAUUUAUUAUCACAGUCUUAUUGUAUUUUGGUGAUUGCUCCAUUCAUCAGAAUUUGAAAUAUUUUGAAACAUUACACGCGUCAAAGUUCACUCAUCACAUAGUAAAACGUGGGGUUAAGCUCUCCAAGCAUCCCUUUAAUACAAUCAAAGAGCUACACUUUCAAACACAUGGAAAGAGUUUUAGGCUUAUUCUUCACCCGCACAAUUCUCUGCUGCAUUCUAAUUUCAAAGCCUAUUCUGUGGAUGCUGAUGGGAAUAAAACUGUAGUUCAUAUCGAUUAUGACCAGUUCUACACUGGCAGAGUAUUUGGUGAGGUGACAUCGGAUGUAAAGCUUCACAUAGAUGAUGGAGUCAUCACUGGUAUUAUCCACACUCCUGAUGAAACUUAUCAUAUUGAGCCAUCAUGGAGGCAUUUACCAAAUCUUGGUGACAAAACCAUGAUCACCUACCGCUCAUCAGAUAUAAAGCUUAGUUGGGCUGGUAAUGAAAAUAAUCCCCGGGUUUGUGGCUAUGUUAAGGAAGGAGAAGAGUUAGAAGAAGAUGACAAAGACAAUUACAAUGAUAAUUUAGAAUCCAAACAUGAACAGUCUGAAAAAGACAAGUAUUUAAACCACAAACAAGAAAAUGCACACAAAACUGACAAGUUAUCAGGUAUCAGAAAUGGCGAGGAGCUGAAACAGGGCAAAAGAAUUAAACGACAGAGUGACUACGAGUAUACACCCACAAAAACACGAUGUCCUCUGCUACUUGUGGCCGAUUAUAGGUUCUUCCAAGAAAUGGGCGCCAGUAAUACAAAGAGCACUAUCAGUUAUUUGAUCAGCCUCAUUGACAGAGUUCAUAAAAUUUAUAAUGACACAGUAUGGCAAGAUCGUCAAGACGCGGACGGCUUCAAGGGCAUGGGGUUCGUGAUCAAGAAGAUAUUGGUGCACUCGGAGCCGACGCGCGUGCGCGGGGGAGAGGCGCACUACAACAUGGUGCGCGAGAAGUGGGACGUGCGCAACCUGCUCGAGGUAUUCAGCCGAGAGUACUCACACAAGGACUUCUGCCUGGCGCACUUGUUCACUGACCUCAAGUUUGAGGGUGGCAUCCUGGGGCUCGCCUAUGUCGGCUCCCCCCGGCGGAACUCUGUGGGUGGCAUAUGCACCCCUGAGUACUUUAAGAACGGGUACACGUUGUACCUGAACUCGGGCUUGUCAUCGUCGCGCAACCACUACGGGCAGCGCGUCAUCACGCGCGAGGCCGACCUGGUGACCGCGCACGAGUUCGGCCACAACUGGGGCUCCGAGCACGACCCCGACGUGGCCGAGUGCUCGCCCGCCGCCAGCCACGGCGGCUCCUACCUCAUGUACACCUACAGCGUCAGCGGCUACGACGUCAACAACAAGCGCUUCUCCCCGUGCAGCCUGCGCUCCAUCCGGAAGGUGCUGCAGGCCAAGUCGGGGCGCUGCUUCUCCGAGCCCGAGGAGAGCUUCUGCGGCAACCUGCGUGUCGAGGGCGGCGAGGAGUGCGACGCCGGCCUGCUGGGUACGGAGGAUAACGACAUGUGCUGCGACAAAAACUGUAAAUUGCGGAAAAAUCAAGGCGCCGUCUGCAGCGACAAGAACUCGCCGUGCUGCGCGGGCUGCGUGUUCGCGGCGCCGGGCGUGGUGUGUCGCGAGGCGGCGCACUCGGCGUGCGAGGGCGAGGCCACGUGCAACGGCGCCUCCGCCGACUGCCCCAAGGCGCCGGCCAUCGCGGACGAGCACGAGUGCCUGGAGCGCGGGCGCUGUCGCAACGGCUCGUGCGUGCCGUACUGCGAGACGCAGGGCCUGCACAGCUGCAUGUGCGACAUCGUGGCGGAUGCGUGCAAGCGUUGUUGUCGCAAGAGCCUGAACAAGACUUGCUUCCCCGUCGCGCACAACGACAUCCUGCCCGACGGGACCCCGUGCAUUCAAGGUUUCUGCAAUAAGGGAGUGUGCGAGAAAACAAUCCAGGACGUGGUGGAGCGGUUCUGGGACAUCAUCGAGGACAUCAACAUCAACAACGUGCUGGGCUUCCUGCGCGACAACAUCGUGGGCGUGGUCGUGCUCUCCACCGCCUUCGUGUGGAUACCGGCCAGCUGUGUGAUAAGUUACGUGGACCGGCGGCGACAGCGCCAGCACCACAAGUUCAUGGAGUGGGAGCGACAGCGCGACACCUUCGUGCAUCCUUCCUCCCCGCGCAAGAUUAUACACACGCGGUAAGAGCUUCUAUAUUACCAAAGUUAAAGCCUCCUGGGAUGAAGACAGUUAUUCAAGGAACUAGUCAAAUUUAAGUUUUAAAAAUUAUUUUAAGUACAAUCAGUUUUUGUCGAAUAUAAAUUAAGAUGAAUCCAAUGUAAAAUUUCAAUAAAAAUUUCGUUUUUAUAUAUAA